CAUCUGGAAGAUUGAAAGCAAAUCUCCGAUUAUUUGCCACGCCAUGUGUCCGGGGGCCGCGGGCCAAUUACAACCCGCUUAUUACAUGUUAUACCGAGGUUAUAACAUACUUGUCAACUGCUUGUCGCCUGGUCACAAGAGACUUGCCGCAUGGUUAGAACACGCGUUAUAAUAUAUAUACCUGCCAAAUGUUCGUCACGUGGUUUCCCCGUGCCGCCUCAUUCGGUUUCAACAUGCUGAUCACACGCAAUGAUAACGCUUGUCACGUGCUUGUAAGAUGUUUUUUGCUUUGGGUUGGCUCCUGCUUGUCCCACGGUCCCGUUUUCGAAUUGCGUUGCUAUAUUUCCUUUUGUCUCAUGUUUUCUUGCGUCACCUGUUCUCGCUCGUUCGAUUUUCCUCAGCGUCGUGCGGACACUCAGCUCGCACGGCGUCACCCGCUUUCUACGGGUCCGCGUCUGCUCGUCGAGGUCGCGUCAACGUACGCCUCGCGUUCUCAUGUAUUCCGCCGCGGAGUGUUUCUUUGCGCCUUCGGGGACCUUUCUAAGUUGGCAUUUAGGUGUUUCCGUGGUCCUUGUUUGCGUUUUGGGUUUUUGUAAACACUUUUUGGAGACUCCUAAACUGCUUCCCCGCCUUCGUGUCCACCACACAGAGCCGCCGAGUCCGCCAGCUACCCGGCCCUAAUCGGGCCCGCCGUCUGCGGCCGCGGAGGGAUAAUCCGGCCCUCCCGCGGGGGGUGCGAACGGGGGGUCCGAGUUCCCCCCCAGAUAAGCGACCGGUCGCCCCGGAAACCAACUUGUUCAUCUGGCAAACCUGCCGAUAGUAGCUCGUUCAUCUCAUUUACAUAAAUUGCUCUCGGCGGCCUGGCGGCGGUGUCUAGAAAUAAUAUCCUUUUUCGACAUCCGAUAACUUUGAUCGCGAGGGAGGGAAGAAGCUCAAAUUGGGCCCGGUUUUCGGUAGGGCUGCAGAAGAAGAAGAGUCGGCGUUAUUGGCUGAUGGGCAAAACGGCUUUUCGGAUAAUCAGGAUAAUCGGGACGAGAAGCCCCGCGGCGUCCGGUCGUCCGACGGCGGACGCGCUGCAAAUAAAAGAGGAUUGCCUUACAAUCCACUUAGGAGACUCUUUCUUCCUUUUCAAGCUUUUGAUUUGCUCCCGCUUGCUGUUGAACCGACUUGACGUGACAUUCCGGGAACAUUCCCACAAGAUGUCCGCGCCCUCCGUAGCCGCCGCUUGUUUUUACAACGUUUCUCCUGAAGAGUCCCGCUGGCGGAAGGUCAACUUCCAAAGCCUGCCGGCGUUUACUGACGUAACCGUGACGACCGAGGCCGAGCGUCUGUUGGUGAUGGGAUGUAUUGCGCCGAGUGAUCCGGGAAGUAAAUUUGUGUCACGGGCAUAUCAAGCCAAUAUAAAUAGGUCGGAAAAAGGCUGUGCAAAAUUGUUCAUUGGAAGAAAAUCAUUCAUUCUCAUGCUAUUAUAUUCUUUAUAAUUGAACUCUUAUCAAUUAUGAACCAUUUGUUUCAUCAACUUUCUUACAAACGGUUUUGUUUUUCGAUUCCGACCUUCUCUGUCACAUAAUCAGAACAUACCGGAUGGAAAAGCGCCCCGAUAGCGCGAACUUGCGCAGUCUGACACAGAAGCACUUUUCUAUAUUCGCACACCAUAUGGGGCCACAAAGAACUUCAAUGCCAGCCUUGUGCACGUGGAACAAAAGUGAAAAAAGACGUGAUCUUUAUUUUGGUUGAGUAGCCCUCAAGAAGAAACUCAGCUGCGACAAAAAGACAAAAACACUUCCAGGUUGAAGGAGGACAGCAGCACCUUAGUUGGACUUUCCCUUUAAACUGAAAAAAUGUAUUUUUAGAAAGCAUGUUAAGAUGAUGAUAUAAUAUAAAGAAGAUAUAAUUGAAUAAUAAGGCGGGAAAAUAUAUUCACAAUUGCAAAUAUGGCAAUCAGAACCCUUUUAAACACGUUCGCACUGAUACUGUUCCCUACAUUAUCAUGACAAAGGAAUCUAGUAACAAAAAGGCUGAAAAAACUAUUUUCUAAAACUUUUGGGCUUUAAAUUGAAAUGCACCUGACACCCAUGGCAUUUUUGUUUUGUAUGUGCUGUAUAGUGAUUAUUAUUAUUAUUACUUGAGUUUGUUUCGUAUAUAUAUACUUUCUUUUGGACUCUUCUGUCACGAAACUAUGCACAAGCUAGCCAGGAUACUAUUUUCAGUAUUUUUCUUUCACAAAAUCGGUGACUCAGUUGUCACGUACGGAAAGGCCGACAACGCUGGCAUUCAGAUCUCCAUAUUCUAUUUGUGCUGUUCCGAGGUUUAUGAAAAGUACACACAGUACGAUAUUUGAAAUAUGGUUUUGAAACGUACGCAAUGUAUUUGAAAGGUUUCAAUGUUUGUGUAAAGUACAUGAUGCAUGUGCCGUCCAGUAUUUGACAUGUUGAAACACUUAGUGUAUGUCGUGAGUCGAGUCCAUCUGUUUUUAUUGACAUUUGUUGCAUUUGUCCUUCAAGUUCAGCUGACUCGUCAAAAUCUUCUCUCCGGCCGAGAUGCGGUGUGAAAACUCCAGCUGGGACCGUCGCCGUCGUCAGAGAUGUUGUGGGCGGAGGCGAGCCGGGCCGUCCUGGCCCUGACGAUCCUCGUGACGGCGGCCGGAGACGUCUCGCUGGGGUCCGACUGCGCCGAGCGCGCGCCGCGGAGCUCGGCCGUGGUGGACGCGCACCGGGCCGAGCGCAACCAGAAGAGACACCUGGAGGCGCUCUUCGACAGGUACGGCGAGAACGGGAGCGUCUCCCUGGCGGGCCUGAAGCGCCUCCUGCAGAGCGUGGGCUUGGACCGCAUCCGGAGCGUGACGGUGCAGCACCGACAUCGUCACGGAGACGGAGAAUCGCACCAGCCCUCGGGGCGCGGCGUGGACGACGGCAGCCGCACGGCCGCCGAUGCGCCGCUCGACCGCGCCAGAUUUGUCAGCGACAGUCAGACUCACACGGUGGGAAACCGCACGCGCGAGGGGCACGACGACCGCGAUCACUCCGACCACGAUCACCAUGACGACCAUGAUCACCAUGACCACGAUCACCAUGACGACCAUGAUCACCACGAUCACCGUGACGACCAUGAUCACCGUGGCCGCGAUCACAACGAGGACUCCAGCAAUCAGCAUGUUGAGUGUGAGAACGCGUCCAGCAUUCUCGCGUCCCACGGAAUGACGCAGGACGGCGGCGUAACGCUGGACGACUUCGCCUACCUUUGCCCGGCACUCCUGCACCAGAUCGACGCCGGCGCCUGCAUCCUGCACCGAGACCAUCAUAACCACGGUCACCAUGACAACCACAGCGAGCCUGACCACAGCGAGAGCAACAAAAACAUCACGGCAGCGUGGCUGGGCGGCUUCCUGUCCAUCACGGUCAUCAGCCUCCUCUCGCUCCUCGGCGUGGUGCUCAUCCCGCUCAUGGACAGAGUCUUCUUCAAGUUCCUGCUCAGCUUCCUGGUGGCGCUGGCCGUGGGCACGCUCAGCGGCGACGCCUUCCUGCACCUCAUCCCUCACUCUCAGAGAGGACACCAGCAUUCUGAGCACGAUGCGCACGACGCGCACGACGCGCACGACCUGGACGGUGUGUGGAAGGGUUUGACGGCUCUGGGCGGCGUCUACUUGAUGUUUCUCAUCGAGCACUUCCUGACGCUGGGAAAAAUGUACAAGGACAAGAAAAAGACGCAGAGGAAGAGGGAGCAGAAGAACAACGCGGACCCCAAAAAGCCCCUGGCCCUUAUGGAAGACGUCCUGAAGGCGAGCGAAGACGUGGAAACCAACGGCGGCGGCGUGUUUGCCGAGCGCCCGGACGAGGACGGCGUGGCGGAGGAGGAGCAGGUGAUGCUGAAGACGUCGACGGCGGAUCAGGGCUACACGGCGGAGGAGUGCGAGAACAAAUGCCACUCGCACUUCCACGACACGGUGGGCCAGGCGGACAGCCUGCACCACCACCACCACGACUACCACCACAUCCUCCACCACCACCACUCCCAGAACCACCACCCGCACAGCCACACCCACUCGUACCCGCAGCACCACUUCCAGCAGGCCGGCGUGGCCACGCUCGCCUGGAUGGUCAUCAUGGGGGACGGCCUGCACAACUUCAGCGACGGCCUGGCCAUCGGUGCGGCGUUCAGCGAGAGUUUGUCGAGCGGCCUGAGCACGUCGGUGGCCGUCUUCUGUCACGAGCUUCCUCACGAGUUGGGCGACUUUGCAGUGCUGCUGAAGGCGGGCAUGACGGUGCGCCAGGCCAUCCUGUACAACAUGCUGUCGGCCACCACAGCCUACCUGGGCAUGGUGACGGGCAUCCUGAUCGGCCACUACGCCGACAACAUCUGCAUGUGGAUCUUCGCCCUCACCGCCGGCCUCUUCAUGUACAUGGCGCUCGUCGACAUGGUCCCGGAGAUGUUGCACAACGACGCGGGCGAGCACGGCUUCAGCCACUGCGGCUACUUCCUGCUGCAGAACGCCGGCAUCCUGCUGGGCUUCGGCGUCAUGCUCCUCAUCGCCGUCCUCGAGCACACCGUACGGCUGGACUUCCGCUUCUGACACCGGGCGGCCGCCACGCUUUUUGUCUUCUUUUUUUUCCCCUUUUCUUUUUUUUGUUUUAGUUCACCUCCGUAAUGGGUCAACUCUAGAACCUCUCACAAGGGUGGGCGGAUCGCCGGCCGCUGACGACUCUCGUCGUCUUCACCAUCUCAAAAUGGGAUUGGAGUGUCGGAAGCGGCCCACUUCUUACAAAAGGUUAUAUAAUAGGUCAAUAGGUGACACUUGAAAUUAUUUUUUUUUUUUACUUUUAAUUUAUUUUCAUUUUUUAUAGCUGGUGUGUGUGACUCAUUUUUGUAGUUGUGCUUUCUCUCAAAGGGCCGUUUUGACUGUGAAAUUGUGCAACAGAUGAGCAACGUUUCAAAUUCAUUUCAGUGGGGAAAGCUGAUGCGGCAGAGUGGACGACCGGUUAGCACGUCUGCCUCCCGGUUGUGAGGUUGCGGGUUCAAUCCCCCGGCCCCGCCUGUUUGGAGUUUGCAUGUUCUCCCCGUGCCUUUUCUCCGGGCGCAUCCCAAAAACAUGCACGCUAGGUUAAUUGACAACUCUAAAUUGCCCGUAGGUGUGAAUGUGAGUGCGACUGGUUGUUUGUUUGUAUGUGUCCUGCGAUUGGCAGGCGACCAGUUCAGGGUGUGCCCCGCCUCUCGCCCGGAGAUAGCCGGGAUAGGCUCCGGCACGCCCGCGACCUGCGUGAGGAGAAGUGGUAUGGAAACUGAAUGAAUGAAGAAAGAUGAUUUGAGUUGUGAGUGUGCUCAAAUUAAACUCUCAUCUUAAGGCACCACUGCAAAUUAUUUUUCCCCCCACAACAAACUUCAUUUGAAAUCAGAACUCAAGUAAAACUGUGACAUCAACAUAUAAAAAAAAAAAAAAACUGUUCAAAUGUUGAACUUGGUCAAUACUCGGAAGGGAUUUGACGGCGGAGUUUGUAAAAAGUGAAGAAAAAUGUCAACUUUUGUUGGAUUUCCUGCUAAAAUGAACAGAACAAAUGUUGUUUUCCUCUGUUUAGGUCAAACAUUUAUUUAUGUGUCAGUUGUACAGAGUGGAAGAAAAGUAUCAACAACUUGGUCAAAAGGUUCUGGAGCAAAAACUCCAAAGUGGAAAUUGUUUGAAGUCCUCCGUUUGUGUGCAAGCUGACAUUCCACAAAUAAACAUCGUCGCCACCCG